AUGCUCUGGCUGCUGAGUUCCCUCCUACUUGUGGCCCUUGCCUCUGGCUGUGGCCGGCCUUCUAACAACCCCGCCAGUCGCGUUGUCAAUGGUGACGAUGCAGUCCCCUACAGCUGGCCCUGGCAGGUCUCCCUGCAGUAUGAAAAGGACGGAACCUUCCACCACACCUGUGGUGGCAGCCUCAUUGCUCCCGACUGGGUCAUGACUGCGGGUCACUGCGUCUCGAGCUCCAUGACCUACCAGGUGGUGUUGGGCGAGUAUGACCGGGCGGAGAAAGAAGGCCCUGAACAAGUGAUCCCCAUCAAUGAUGAGGACCUCUUCGUGCACCCACUAUGGAACCCCAAAUGUGUGGCCUGUGGCAAUGACAUCGCCCUCAUCAAGCUCUCGCGCAGUGCCCAGCUGGGAGACACCGUGCAGCUCGCCUGCCUCCCUCCUGCGGGCGACAUUCUGCCCAAUCAGGCACCCUGCUACAUCAGCGGCUGGGGCCGGCUCUACACCGGAGGGCCACUCCCGGAUAAGCUGCAGCAGGCUCUGCUGCCCGUGGUGGACUAUGAGCACUGCUCCAAGCUGGACUGGUGGGGCAUGUCCGUGAAGAAGACCAUGGUGUGCGCCGGUGGGGAUACCCGCUCAGGGUGCAAUGGUGACUCCGGAGGACCCCUCAACUGCCCCGCAGCUGAUGGCUCCUGGCAGGUCCACGGCGUGACCAGCUUCGUUUCUGCCUUCGGCUGUAACACCAUCAAGAAGCCCACGGUGUUCACUCGAGUCUCAGCCUUCAACGAGUGGAUCGAGGAGACCAUGGCAAGCCACUAGAACCAAGGCCUGAGUGGCAAUGCUGGUCCACACUUUGUAAAAAAUAAAGAUCUCAGA